AUGGCUGGAGACGGCAAUGUCACGGUGGCCUCCAACGUCCUGGGCACCAUCGGGACGGUGCUCUGGUGCAUUCAACUGAUUCCGCAGAUCUGGUAUAAUUGGAAACAGAAGAAGACCGAUGGACUUCCACCCUUGAUGAUGUUUCUCUGGGCUGCUUGUGCGGUCCCCAUGGGAGCAUAUAUGAUACUGCAGGGAGUGAAUAUACCGCUACAGAUCCAGCCCCAGAUAUUCGGGUUCUUCUCUCUUGUGAGCUGGGGUCAGGUUCUGUAUUACGGCCACCGGUACAGUCGCCGCGCAGUGACGGCUGUGGUUGUCGGCGCUGCGAUACCGUACGACAAGGGAGUCACCUGGCCCGACCUGAUCGUCGGCAUCGUGGCCGCCAUCUUGUUAGGACUGGGGCUCGUCCCGCCGUAUUUCGAGCUCUGGAAGCGAGAUGGCCGGGUGGUCGGAUUCAAUUGGGUCUUCCUAUCUAUCGACACCUUUGGAGGGCUGUUUUCCCUCUUUGCAUUGGCGGCGCAGGGUUCCUUCGAUAUUCUGGGAGGGAUCAUGUACAUUGUUGUCGUCGUCCUGGAAGGAGGGAUUUAUGCGAGCCACAUUGUCUGGCGGAUUCGAUAUCGCGCUGUGCGGAGGGAGGCGAAGGCCACGGGCAAGAGCAUUGAUGAGGUGCUUGAGGAACGGUCUCGGUGCUUGGGUGCUGCUUCUGAUCCGGAGAAUCUGAAAGGUCCUGUUGCUGGCUCGUCGGAGAGUCGAGAGAGUGAGAGUAUGGGAGAUGUGGUCCCUUGA